GUCAUAAAAAUGUGUAAAAAAUAAAAACAAUUUACAAAAUAAAACAUUUUUUUGUAAUAACAUAAGUGGUCCUGACUUUUAUUAUUAUGUAGAAAUAAUAAUUUUAUUUAAAAUGUCUGUCCAUUGGAAUUCCGAGACCAUGAAAUGGGAAUAUAGGGAGCUGCAUGCUACGGCUAUGUCAGUGGACUAUUCAGGGAAUAAUGUGCUUUUGGCUGGAAGACGAUGGCUGGCUAUUAAACAACUAAGCUUUGACGAUGACACUGGGGACAUAAUAAAAAAGUACCCACGACAAAGUAAAUAUGAUGCAGCUGGUGCAGAAUGGUGCCAAACGUAUCCCGGGCAAAAGUUGUGUGCUAUAGCAAGUAACCAGCGUGUAGAUGUGUAUGAAUGGAGAGCGGGUAAUGAUUUAACAUGCAUAUGUUCAUUAAAAGGCCAUACUCGGGUAGUAAGUGACACACACUUCCACAGACAAGACCACAAUCUAAUAGCUACUUGCUCAAUUGAUACAUAUACACAUUUAUGGGAUUUACGGGAUUCAAGAAAACCUGUCUUAUCGUUAAGUGCAGUUGCUGGAGCAUCCCAAGUACAAUGGAAUAAAGUAGCAUCACAUAUUGUAGCCACAGCUCAUGAUGGAGACAUAAAAAUAUGGGAUUAUCGUAAAAAUUCUACGCCCUUACUUUACAUCUCCGCACAUUUGUGUAAAAUACAUGGUGUAGACUGGAGUCCCCACCAUGAAUACCAACUGGUUACAUCAAGUCACGAUGGAAGCAUAAAGUACUUUGAUAUUAACAAUGCUAGAAGGCCAGAAAAUGUUAUAAUGACAAAUUUUCCAGUAUGGAGGGCUAUAUAUACUCCUUUUGGUAGCGGGCUUUUAACUAUUGGUGUUGGUUGGGGUGGAUUGCCACGAGUGGAACAGGCAGGUGUAAUAGGCAUUUGGAUUGAUGGUACAUUGACCCAUAGAUUAGCAGGCCAUACGGAUACAGUUCAAACAAUGGUGUGGAGGCCUAACACUUUACCAUCAAAUUAUCAACUUGUAACAUGGGGGAGAGAUCAAACACUUAGAAUUUGGACAAUGCAUCCGUCCUUGUUAAAAAUGUGUUCACAUUUUUUGCCUGAUGACAUAGACAGCGAUUAUGAUAAUAUAAGUGAUGCCAGUUAUGCAUCAACUAUUAAUUCAGUGAAUGAUAAAAAAUUUCAAGAUAUUGAAAUGAAUAAAAUUGUUCAUAAAACACCUACCUCAAUAGAUGAAGAAUUUGAAUCAAUAAGGGAAAUGGCUAACAUAGAAGUAACAGAUAUGAAUAUUGAUACUAGGACUUGUCAAAUACAUUCAGAAAGAAACGGUUACACCGCCAAUCUUCAAGUGACAUUCCCUAGAAAUGUUACAGAACAGACAAUACCAAAAUUCUCAUGGUUGUCGGGAACCAAUGUAGAUAGUCCAAUGACAAUUAAAAUAUUGCAGGCAAUUAAUAAAACAGCAUAUAGAAAGAAGAAGGAAGGGCAUCGAUGUCUCUUGCAUUGUCUGAAAACAUUAGCAACUUCCAUAGAUGAGAUACCAAUAAAAUCAAGCGAUGACUCUGAUUCAAUGAAGUCAAGUCAACGAAGUCAAUCGGAGAGUGAAAACGCUGGGGACUCGUGCAUACCAUUUCCCCGAACUUGUAGCGCCAAAUGGUGUGGUGUCAGUACCCUGGUCGUCUUUAGUCGACCAUCAAACGCUAGAAGACUGUCCUUAAAGCAUGAGCUGGGUACUCCAAGAUCCAUGUCUUCCUUAUCGCUCACUCCAGGCCUCUUUAGUGGAGGGUAUACAUCGAUAUCUCCUCAUGCUACGACAACUCCCUCACCGACAAAUGGACCAGGAUUUCCGCAGUUGCAUCAUCGACACGCGUCGAAUUCUAUUACGACAUUUUAUUUUCAGGACAGAUGGAAAGCUCAAAGCCGUCGAGCAGGCAGUAUGCGCAGUCGCGGUAGUAUAUCUGGAAUGUGUUCGCCUAGAGUUGUUUUAUACUCCGGAGAACCAUUAUUCCAUCUUAACCGAAUACUGGCUGAAAAAUAUGUCAUUAACUCUGACAAUCCAGUUGAAAUGUGCGAAACAAACGCAAGGGUAUCGGCAGAAGAAGGCGAAGGUGAAGUUAGUCACGCAUGGGGUCUUGCGGCGUUAGCUGCGCAGGCGUUGAACGCGCAACCAAUAGAUCACCUCAUGUCCAGUGAAGAAAGUAUGGGCUGGGCGGGACAUCCGCUGUGCUCUAAUCUAAUACAAGCUCUAGUGUCUCACUAUGCCAAAUCGUCAGAUCUCCAAACAGCGGCCAUGUUGACAUGUGCCUUCGCUGUUUUUUGUGAAUCAAGUAAUUCCAGCACAAACUCCACUUGCAGCACAUCCAGUGGUAACAACACAUCUCCAUACAACACAGUCAAUCAGUUUAGUGAAAUCAACGCUGAUGGCUGGACGCUACCGAUAAUACUUCGAAGUAACUCAUGUUCUGAAGCCGAAAAUCUAAAUACAGAGUACUCCAAGUCCGACAAUUCCGGAUGUGUCCUCGACGAUAGUACUGUGCAUUUGUAUCAUUGCUUUAAGAGGGUAUACGCUGAUGUAUUGCAUAGGUGGCAACUUCUAUAUAAGAGGACCGAGGUGAUGAAACUAGUCCGUAGUAAAUACGACCUGGAGUCUGAUAACGAGCCGUUUUCUCGUUGCAAUUGUAAAGGCCCGUGUGUAAGGAAACGCGCGUUGGGAUGCGCAGUUUGCUCGCGUGUUGUACGUGGCUUGACCGUCGCGUGUGCGGUUUGCACGCAUGUUGGACAUGCAGACCAUAUGCUUAAAUGGUUCGCACAACACGAUACAUGUCCGACGGGCUGUGGUUGCAAAUGUGUGAUGGAAGCGAAUUCUAUAUGGAAAAGCAUAAAAUAUGUAUGAAUUAUAUGGCCCGUAUUCCUCAACGUGGAUCAAGCUUUAAAAAACAGCUUAUUGGCUAAAAAGCUUUUCCAGAUAAAAAAAAAAAUCCUCAAAAUGAGGGUUAAAAAAAUCCGUUUCGAAGUUAAAUCUAAACUUCCCCAUUCAUUAUAUUUUUUAACGUGUGUU